UACUGUAGGAAUUAAUUAUUGAUUUCAACUUUAUUUUACACCGUACGGCAUACGAGGCGUCUCAUGUCACCCUUCGAUCGAUUUCAUUUGCCGGCAAAUCUCUUAAUCACGACAUUUUUGCGAUGCAGGUGAAUCGUCGCUGCGAAUCAGGACGAGCGACUAUCCUGAAAAGGCGCUCCAAGGAGGCGUUUCAAGGAGACGACGCACCGCUAUCAAGGAAAGCCUCUCUCAACUAACAUAUCCUGAGUGGAACCGAAGUUCUGCGAUCUCCGCUGGUGAACGCAGAACUCGUCGGCUUGUCAGCGGAUCCCGUGGAAACGGAGCCGCUCCAGCUGAUCUCGCGUCAGCAUCCCAUCACACAUACGCGCAUACACGCACGCACCCAUACUGAGGAAGGUGCGUUCGAUUCGCCAGCAUACGUACGGCCGUGCAGGCACUAACACAGGGGCGCGCACCCCACCACCCUUGUACGUGAGAGCGUAGCAGCGGACCAGCCGAUAAAAUGAAUGAGAAUGAUAAGUCAGUUAAGUGCGAGAACUCCGCCGAGGAGGAGGAGGACGAGAUGUUCGAGCGCGAGCUGGCCGAGGACGCGCAGUGGAAGCGAAUUCAACAGAACACCUUCACGCGAUGGGCGAACGAGCGGCUGAAGGCGGCGAACAAGCACAUCGGCGACCUGGAAUGCGACCUGUCCGACGGUCUCCGGCUGGUGAGCCUGAUCGAGGUGCUCUCGCAGAAGCGGCUGCCGAGACACAACAUGCGGCCCACCUUCCGCUCGCAGAAGCUGGAGAACGUGUCCGUCGCGCUUAAGUUUCUGGAGGACGAGGGCAUCAGGAUUGUCAAUAUCGACUCUUCGGACAUCGUAGACUGCAAAUUGAAGCUGAUCCUCGGUCUAAUAUGGACCCUGAUCCUGCACUAUUCGAUCUCUAUGCCCAUGUGGGAAGGCGACGACGGCGAGGACAAGGGCGCUACUCCGAAGCAAAGGCUGAUGCACUGGAUCCAGUCGAAGGUGCCGGAUCUGCCGAUCACAAACUUCACUUCCGAUUGGAAUGACGGCCGCGCGGUGGGUGCGCUUGUUGACGCCGUCGCGCCCGGCCUUUGCCCGGAUUGGCAGGAUUGGAACCCGAAAGAUGCGAUCCAGAACGCGUCCGAAGCGAUGGGUCUCGCUGACGACUGGCUCAAUAUUCCUCAGCUCAUUAAACCCGAAGAGAUGGUGAACCCAAACAUCGACGAGAUGUCGAUGAUGACAUACCUGUCGCAAUAUCCCAGCGCAAAAUUAAAACCAGGUGCACCUCUGCGCGCCCGCACGAAUCCAAACAGCAUCCCACCGCCGCGAGUGCGCGCUUACGGCCCCGGCAUAGAACCAACCGGUCCAAUCGUCGGUGCGCCUGCCAAUUUCACCGUGGAAACCUUCUCCGCCGGCAAGGGUAACGUUGAUGUCAUCGUCGAUGAUCCCAAAGGGAACAAGCUACCGGUCGACAUCAGAUUCAACAAGGACAGGAAUCUGACGUACUCGGUGUCGUACACCCCGAAGACGGAAGGUCCGCACAAAGUGAAGGUGCUCUUCGCCGGCAGGGAAAUUCCGAAGAGCCCGUACACCGUUAAUGUCGAGGGACACGCCGGCGAUCCGAGCAAAGUCACGGCGAGCGGGCCGGGUCUGCAACCGGAAGGAGUCGUCGUGAAUAGACCUACCUUCUUCGACGUUUUUACGAAGGACGCCGGUCGCGGCGUGCCGGAAGUCAUUAUCUUAGAUCCGCAGGGCAGCAAAACGACGGUGCCGGCAAAACUGCGCCAGACCUCGCCAGACGUCUGGAGAUGCGAGUAUGUGUCGCCAGUGACGGGUCUACAUUCCGUCAAUAUUUUCUUUGCCGGCAAACCCAUACCCGGAAGUCCUAUUGGCGUUAACAUAGCGCCGGUUUCCGACGCGAAGAAAUGCAGAGCGUACGGACGAGGGCUGUUGCCUACUGGCGUCCGCGUACAGGACAUCGCCGAUUUCGUCGUUCUCACUAAGGACGCUGGCGAGGGUGUACUGGAUAUUCGCGUGAUCGGCCCGGGAGGCGUCAAUCGACCAGUACAAAUGUCCAAAACCGACCCUACGACUUACAAGUGCCACUACACACCGGUUAAAGAAGGUCGUCACGUGGUAAUGAUCACGUAUGGCGGCAAAGAGAUCCCGAAGUCGCCCUUCGAGGUCAACGUGGCUCCUUACAAGGAGUCCAACAUCAGAGCUUUCGGACCAGGUCUGCACACCGGCGUCGUCGGCCAUCCAGCGAAAUUUACAGUGGACACAAACGGUGAGACCGGCGCCCUUGGUUUUUCCAUCGAAGGCCCAUCCAAAGCGAAGAUAGAAUGCAACGAUAAUGGCGAUGGAACCGCCGAUGUUUCUUACCUACCCACCGCGCCGGGCCAGUACGCGGUCCACAUCCUCUGUGAUAACGAGGACAUCCCUAAAUCGCCCUAUAUGGCGACUAUUUCACCGAAGAGCGACUUCGAUCCGGAGAAGGUUGAAGUGAAUGGACCAGGAAUUCAGCCGGAAGGUGUUGCCCGAGAUAAACCGACGCAUUUUACGGUUGAUGCGAGAAAGGCCGGUCAGGCGGCUCUGGAAGUCGCCAUCCAGGAUGCGCUUGGAAGGGAAGUUCCGUUCAGAUUAGAUGACAAGCGGGACGGGACUGUUCAAGCGCACUACACACCUACAUCUAGUUCCCAGCAUGUUGUGAUGGUGAACUACGGCGGAGUGGCCACGAAGAAAUCCCCGUACCGAGUUAAGAUAGCUUCGCCUUUGAAUCCUGCCAUGGUCUCCGCCUUCGGCCCCGGUCUUGAGAAAGGUGUGAAGUCAAACGUCCCCACGCAUUUCAAUGUCGACUGUCGCGAGGCUGGCCCCGGCAAAUUGGACGUUAAGCUGCUGAACCCCGAAGGCCGGGAACUUCCAAUUUCGACAACGAAUAACGAGGAUGGCACGUACGUCGUGGACUACAUGCCCCCUCAGCCAGGAAACUAUACGGUGAAUCUCAACUAUGGCGGUCUGAAGGUACCCCAGUGCCCCAUUAAGGUCAACGUUCAGCCUCACGUGGACGUGUCCAAGGUUAAAGUGGACGGUCUGGAACCAAGUUUAUUCGUGAACAAGCAAACAACGUUCACGAUAGACACGAGAGACGUCACCAAGUCGAAGACCGACGACGGUAAGGUGUCCUGCACCAUAAAUAACCCCAGCGGCGGGAAGACCGAGAAGCUAAUCAUCCCCCAGGGUGACGGCACCUACCGCGUCAGCUACACGCCCUUCGAGGAGGGCUGCCACACCAUCGACAUACUCUACGACAACGUGCCUAUCCCGGGAUCGCCGUUCUCCGUGAACGUGCAACGCGGCUCCGAUCCCAGCAAGUGCCGCGCGUACGGUCCUGGUCUGGAGAAGGGCAUCGUGAACAAGACGAACCGCUUCACGGUGGAGACCAGAGAGGCCGGCAAUGGCGGCUUGGGUCUGUCGAUCACAGGCGACGGGGAGGUCAAGGCGGAGGCCAAGGACAAUUACGACGGUUCCUGCACCGUCGAGUACGUUCCCACGGAACCCGGCGACUACGAGAUCGGCAUCAAGUUCGCCGAGCAGAACAUACCCGGCUCGCCGUUCAAGAUCGAGGUGGUGUCGGACUCGGAGGCGAAGAACGUGAUCGCUUACGGACCCGGCCUGCAGCCCGAGAUGGUGCGCGAGGGCGUCCCCGCCAAGUUCACGGUGGACACGUCCAAGUGCGCCAAAGCGGCGCAGCUGGACGUGAGGCUGUCGACCGACAAGGGACAGGCGCAGAAGCCGCAGAUCAAGAGCAAGGGUGACGGCCUGUACGAGGUGACGUAUCAGCCGCCGCCCGCUGGAAGUAACCUGAACGUCGGCGUUACUUACGACGGCGAGGACAUCAACGGCAGUCCGUUCAAAGUGAAAGUUCUGCCCACCGUGGAGCCCAGUAAGGUGACACUGUCGGGUCCCGGGGUGUCGCCCGUUUGCACUGCCUCCUUCCCGACUGACUUCGUCGUGGACACUUCCAACGCUGGAUACGGCGAUCUCGAAGUGCAAGUUGUGGGACCAGACCAAGUGCCGCGCAGGGUGGAAGUGCAGGAUCUCGACGACGGAAAGUACAAGGCGACCUAUCUGCCGGACGACUGCGGCCGCUACAAGGUCAACGUAAAAUACGGCGGCAAAGAAGUGCCAGGCAGCCCGGUGAACGUGCAGAGCGUAUCCACCGGCAAGGCGGACCAGUGUAAAAUCAAAGAGGGCAUUCAGCACACUUUGGCUCAGGGCGAGGAGUACUGCAUCACCGUGGACACUCAAAAUGCAGGCCGCGGUGCAGUGACCUGCCGCAUCCGCUCCACUUCCGGAAGCGAAGUCGUUGACAUUGACAUAGAAGACAACGGCGAUGGCACAGUUAACAUUUACUAUACUGUUGCCGAUGCGGGGGACUACACCCUCAGCAUUAAGUUUGGCGGUCAACCGGUGCCUGAGGGAUUUUAUACCUUCACUGCAUCCGAGGAGUAUCGGGAACAUAGCACGCAGAAAACUCAACGGGCUCGCAAAACACGGCAGCGGCAGAAUCAACACGUAGUCGAGCAGCGCAGUACAACCCUACAGGAGAGCUCAACUGUUACCACAAAGCGCAGCAGCCAGCAGGAGCUAUCGAAAAAGAAUUUCAACGUUAUCCGAUUGAACUCCAUCCCACUACCUAUCGCGAGCGGUGGCACAGUUACUUCCGAAGUGAAGAUGCCUAGCGGAAACGUGGACAAGCCGGUUAUCGAGGACAAUCACGAUGGUACGGUAUCCAUCAAGUACGAGCCGAGGGAGGAGGGCCUCCAUGAGAUUUAUGUGAAAUUCAACGGCGAACACGUCCAGGGCUCUCCCUUUAAAUUCCAUGUCGAUUCCUUGGCGAGUGGAUAUGUAACAGCGUAUGGACCAGGUUUGGUCUACGGCGUUUGCGGCGAACCUGGAAACUUCACCAUCUCGACGAAAGGCGCCGGCGCCGGUGGUCUCUCGCUGGCUGUCGAAGGGCCCAGCAAGGCCGAAAUAAGCUGUCACGACAACAAGGAUGGCACGGUGUCGGUGUCCUACCUACCUACCGCGCCCGGCGAAUAUAAAAUUACCGUUAAGUUUGGCGACAAACAUAUCAAAGGCAGCCCCUUCGUCGCCAAAAUCACGGGCGAAGGCCGCAAGAGGAACCAGAUCUCCGUAGGUUCUUCUAGCGAAGUGCAGCUACCGGGUAAGGUAUCCGACGCCGAUAUCAAGACUCUAAAUGCGGCCAUCACGGCACCCAGCGGUCUGGAGGAGCCGUGUUUCCUGAAGAAGAUGCCGGGGAGCGGCAACAUGUGCGUGUCGUUUACGCCGCGUGAAGCGGGCGAGCACACCGUGAGCGUGAAGAGAAUGGGCAAGCACAUACCGAACUCCCCCUUCAAGAUCGACGUGAAGGAUCGCGAGGUCGGUGACGCGAAGAAGGUCAAGGUUGCCGGUCCCGGUCUGAAGGAGGGUAAGACCCACGUGGAGAACAAAUUCUCGAUCGACACGCGGAACGCCGGCUUCGGCGGCCUGUCCCUCUCGAUGGAGGGCCCGAGCAAGGCCGAGAUUCAAUGCAAGGACAACGAGGACGGCACGCUCAACAUCUCCUACAAGCCCACCGAGCCCGGUUAUUACAUCAUGAAUUUGAAGUUCGCGGAUCACCACGUCGAGGGCUCGCCGUUCACCGUCAAGGUCAGCGGGGAGGGCAGUAACCGGCAGAGGGAGAAGAUCCAGAGGCAGCGGGAGGCCGUGCCGAUCACCGAGGUCGGUAGCCAGUGCAAGCUGACGUUCAAGAUGCCUGGCAUCACGUCCUUCGAUCUCGCCGCCACCGUCACGUCACCCGGCGGCGUCACCGAGGACGCCGAGAUCAAGGAGGCCGAGGACGGCAUAUACGCGGUGGCGUUCGUGCCCAAGGAGCUGGGCGUGCACACGGUGUCCGUGCGUUACAAGUCCAUGCACAUCCCCGGCUCGCCGUUCCAGUUCACGGUGGGCCCGCUGAGGGACGGCGGCGCGCACAGGGUUCACGCGGGCGGACCCGGUCUGGAGAGGGGUGAGCAAGGCGAGCCCUGCGAGUUCAACAUCUGGACCAGGGAAGCGGGCGCGGGCACCCUCGCCGUCUCCGUCGAGGGGCCCAGCAAGGCGCAGAUAGACUUCAAGGACCGCAAGGACGGCAGCUGUUACGUCAGCUACGUCGUCAGUGAACCUGGCGAAUACAGGGUGGGAAUUAAGUUCAACGAUCAGCACAUCCCUGACUCGCCGCACAAGGUUUACAUCUCGCCGGCGAUGGGCGACGCGCACAAGCUCGAGGUCGCACAGUUUCCCGACAGCGGAACGCAGCCGGACAAGCCGUGCACCUUCCUGGUGCGCAAGAACGGCGCCAAGGGUGAACUGGACGGAAAGAUCGUGUCGCCGAGCGGCAUCCAGGACGACUGUUUCAUCCAGAGCAUCGAUGCGGACACGUACUCGGUGAGGUUCAUGCCGACGGAGAACGGCAUCCAUCAGAUUCACCUCAAGUUCAACGGGGUGCAUAUAUCGGGCAGUCCGUAUCGCGUCAAAGUUGGCAAAGUGGACGCCGACCCGGCGGCGUUGCACGCCUACGGCAACGGUCUGAAGGAGAUCAAGACCGGCCAGAAGACCGACUUCAUCAUCGACACUUGCAACGCGGGCAGCGGGGCGCUGGGAGUCACCGUGGACGGACCCAGCAAGGUCGCCAUGGACUGUACCGAGGUCGAGGAGGGCUACAAGGUCAGGUACACGCCCUUGGUACCGGGCGAUUAUUAUAUCAGCAUCAAGUACAACGGCUACCACAUCGUCGGCUCGCCAUACAAGGUUCCUUGCACAGGCGCGGAUUUGGCGGAGAGAGGCGCGCAAGAGACAAGCUCGAUCGUCGUCGAGACCGUGCAGAAGAUAUCGAAGAGCAAGCAGACUGGACCGGUAUUGCCAUUGUUCAAGUCCGACGCGGGCAGAGUGACGAGUAAAGGCAUGGGUCUCAAGAAGGCUUACUUAGGAAAACAAAAUCAAUUCACUGUGCACGCGGGAGACGCCGGUAACAAUAUUCUCUACGUGGGCGUGUACGGGCCCAAAGGGCCAUGCGAGGAGGUCUUCGUGAAGCACACGGGCCGCAACAAUUACAACGUGAGUUACCUGGUGCGCGAGCGGGGCGAGUACAUCGUGAUCGUCAAAUGGGGCGACGAUCACAUCCCCGGCUCGCCUUAUAAGGUCGACGUUUAAAAGCCGAAUCCACCAUCCGGAACCGGACGCAACGCGUCUGCAACCGCAACGACGGUCAUAUAAAAUAAAGCCAUGCGUCAUUUCGUUGUAAAUUGCACGGGUCUUCCGGGUUUCACAUUCAAUUUCGCCGAAUAUACAGAAACGAAUUAAGUGCCAAUUUAGAUUCUCGAACGUCAACUCGUAAUUUUUUUUAGUAUCGAUCAUUGGCGAAAGAUGCAUCUAAGAAAAAAAAAGAAACGAUCCGGCCUACGUCGAAACGACGCACGUUAUCUCGAUUUCUAGAGUAGCAGUCGUAUAUACAGAAGACAAACUAUGACGCUGACGAUAAAAUCUCGAUGUGACUUCUCGCCGACAUAGAUCACUCGCCCACCCUUCCAAGGUCCUAGGGACAAUUUUGACAUCUUAGAAUUGACGAUUUUUGUUGAAUCUUGAAACGAUAUAGAGCCGCGGUUAGAAGAGGACGGGAGUUAAAACGACGAUACACGUAGGUCAAUUACUGUUGUUCGUUCAAACAAAAAAAAAAUCACCAAUUGUGCCUUUGAUUCGACGUGAGAAAAGUACAUGUACGUUUACAGAGAUAUAUAUUCGACAGAAAAUCACGCACAUGCAGUUAUACCAUAUACAAAGACACACGCAAAGACGCUGUCAUGUCCCACCCAAGUCAGAUCCUGAUCACAUUAUGUUAUAUAUUAUCGGUUACUGAACAAGGAAACAGUCGGAACUGUCCAUCGUCGAUUUUGAUGGAUUUUGAACAUAUUACGAAACGGCAUCAAAAGAAGAGACACGUAUAUUUUUAUAUGCGUGUUUUUCGUAUUACGUUUGAAAAUUAAAACGACCAUUCUCGGAUCAAUCUCAAUCUAAAUAAUAAUAGGCGAAGAGGAGGGAGGAUCAUAUUAAAAAAUAUUUUCGAAAAAUCUAAAUAUAUAUAGUUAUGAAAUGUAAAAUAUCGUAAAAUUUCCUAAAAGAUUUUUUUCAUGUAUUGCGCAAUUUCAAUAUUCGGCCGAAAUAAAAUAUCGCUUCGAAGAGUUGCCUUAAUCCUUAAAUGUGCAGGACACAUACGUACAUAAAAAAAUACUUAUCUCUUAUUUUUUGCUGUUCUACAAUGCAUUCACAGUCUCGUCAAAAUCGGUGAGAGAUAGUUUCGACCGUCUCUUUGUAAGUAUAGAUUAAAUAUACUGCAACUGAUUAUUAUUAUUAUAAUAAUAUAGAAAUUAAAUAAAUAAUAUAUUUAUUAUAUGGACUUUUCGUUUACCAUCGUAUCCCUAUAUGCGAAAGCAUGUUUCUUGUCUGCGAAAUAAUAAGCGUGCCAUGUGUGAUAUUUUUCUAAUAAUUGAGGCGUUGAGCGAAAAAGAGUAGCAUAGAUUUAGACGUAGACAGAAAGCAUUUAGAAGCAAACACAAAAAUUUAGACAAUUAUGUAAUUCGAAUUAAUUUUUCAAAGAGUUUAUUUUCAAAGAGAGAAUUCUGUUUGGCUACAUUAGUUGCGCAGUAGCUAGUAGCAAAAAAGAAUUAAAAGAAUAGUUAGUUACAUAUUUCAACUUUGUGAUAUGCACUGUUUAACAGCUCAAUAUCACUUUCGAAAGUUACGAGAUACAAACGAAAAAUAAUUUUGACGACAAGAAAAAAAUUGAGGAAGAAGCAUAAUGAUAUUAACUUAUUUAAGCUAACGUUGCGUCGUCAAACUUAUCGAUUUUGCAUUUGCUGUAUAUUUAUGCAAAAUAAAAUAAAUACGUUUCGUACGA